AUGUCGGAUACACCAAGCUCCCCUGCCCCGAACCUACCGUCGGACAUGGACCGACGAAACUUUCGCUCCGGCAUGACUUCCCCGGUGGGUGAUUUCGAACCGUUCGAAGAUGAAGCGGAAAUCCUUGGCGACACCACUGUGCGUGAGGAAGUUUACGACGAGGAGGAAGAGGAUGGAGAGGAACUGUUCGGUGAUAACAUGGAAGCGGAUUACCGACCUGCACCGCAUCUCGAUCGGUACGACAUGGACGAUCUGGACACGGAAGACUACAGUGACAUCUCGCAAACCGAUCGCGCUGCGGCUGAGGCUGAAAUGCGUCGGCGCGAUCGCGAAGCCGGAAAGCAUCGGGAUCAUAGCGAUCUGUUCUACGAUAAGAGCGAUGACGAUGAUGAGAUCCCCAGGGCAAAACGGCGCGCUGCAGAGAAAGCGGCCGAAAUCGGUACCGAAACAGAAACCGAUGCCGAGAUGGUUGAAUCGAUCGAAAAUCUCGAAGACACCAAGGGGCACAGUAUUAAGGAGUGGGUGUCCAUGUUGGCGCCACGGACGGAAAUUUCGAACCGCUUCAACAGCUUUCUGCGCACAUUCGUCGACGAGAAGGGUCACUAUGUGUAUCGGGAUAGGAUUAGACGCAUGUGCGAGCAGAACAAUUCCAGCUUCGUUGUGUCGUACACCGAUUUGGCGCACAAUCAGCACGUACUUGCGUACUUUUUGCCCGAGGCCCCAUUCCAGAUGCUCGAAAUUAUGGACAAAGUAGCGAAGGAGAUGGUGCUGAGUCUUUACCCUACGUACGAGCGAGUAACGAACGAAAUCCAUGUACGCAUUUCCGAUCUUCCACUGGUGGAGGAACUGCGCACGUUCCGUAAGCUUCAUCUAAAUCAGCUUGUACGCACGCUAGGCGUUGUCACGGCAACGACGGGAGUACUACCACAGCUGUCUGUCAUCAAAUAUGACUGCGUCAAGUGUGGCUACGUGCUGGGACCGUUUGUUCAGAGCCAAAACACGGAGGUUAAGCCAGGUUCAUGUCCGGAAUGCCAAAGCGUUGGUCCGUUCUCGAUCAAUAUGGAGCAAACGCUUUACCGGAACUAUCAGAAGAUUACGCUGCAGGAAUCGCCGGGACGCAUUCCGGCUGGUCGUAUUCCGCGGAGCAAGGAUUGCGUGCUGUUGGCCGAUCUUUGCGAUCAGUGCAAACCGGGCGAUGAGAUUGAAGUUACCGGUAUCUACACCAACAACUACGAUGGUUCGCUCAACACGGAACAGGGCUUCCCGGUGUUUGCCACGGUACUGAUCGCAAACCAUUUGGUGGUGAAGGAUAGCAAGCAGGUUGUGGCUUCGCUCACGGACGAGGACAUUUCAACGAUUCAGCGGUUAAGCAAGGAUCCUCGCAUCAGCGAUCGUAUCACGCAAAGCAUGGCUCCAUCCAUCUACGGCCAUGAAUACAUUAAGCGCGGUCUGGCUUUGUGCCUGUUCGGAGGUGAAUCGAAGAAUCCGGGUAAUAAGCACAAAAUCCGUGGCGAUAUCAAUAUUCUGCUCUGCGGUGAUCCCGGUACGGCCAAGUCGCAGUUCUUGAAGUACACGGAAAAGAUUGCACCGCGGGCGGUGUUUACCACGGGCCAGGGUGCUUCCGCCGUGGGUUUGACGGCAUACGUACGGCGCAAUCCUACCACGCGCGAGUGGACCCUCGAAGCUGGUGCGCUCGUGCUGGCCGAUCUUGGUGUGUGUCUGAUCGAUGAGUUUGACAAAAUGAACGAUCAGGAUCGUACCUCUAUCCACGAGGCGAUGGAACAGCAAUCGAUUUCCGUUUCCAAGGCGGGCAUUGUGACAUCGCUGCAGGCUCGUUGUGCCGUGAUCGCGGCCGCCAAUCCAAUCGGCGGUAGGUACGAUCCAAGCAUGACGUUCUCCGAGAACGUGAACCUCUCCGAACCGAUCUUGUCCCGUUUCGACGUUCUUUGUGUCGUGAAGGACGAGUUCGAUCCGAUGCAGGACAAACAUUUGGCGGAAUUUGUCGUUGCAUCGCACAUCAAGAACCAUCCGUCGAACGUGGAUGAAACUCCGGUCUCGCAGACGCAGGACACAAUGCAGAUACCGCAGGAUCUGCUGAAGAAGUACAUCGUGUACGCGAAGGAAAAUGUACAUCCCAAGCUAUCUAACAUGGACCAGGACAAGAUAGCCAACAUGUACUCGCAGCUGCGUCAGGAAUCGCUAUCCACCGGGUCGCUGCCAAUCACAGUGCGACACAUCGAAAGUGUUAUCCGUAUGUCGGAAGCGCACGCACGGAUGCAUCUGCGCGAUACGGUGCAGGACGUGGACGUCAAUAUGGCCAUCCGCAUGAUGCUGGAAAGCUUCAUCGAGGCGCAAAAGUUCAGCGUAAUGAAAAAGAUGCGUUCCAGCUUCCAGAAGUACCUGUCGUUCCAGCGCGACCAUUCCGAGCUGCUGUUCUUCAUCCUUCGACAGCUGACGCUCGACCAGCUGGCCUAUCAGCGCUGCAAGGAGGGCGGACGACGUGGCAAGGAAAGUGGCGACCGUCCGCGUACCACUGUGGUCGAGGUGUUGGAGAAGGAUCUUUCCGAACGGGCGAAGACGAUUGAAAUCUUCAACCUGAAACCAUUCCUGGACAGUGAACUGUUCCGACAGAAUGGUUUCACAUACGAUGCCAAACGUAAGGUGAUCGUUCAGGUCGUUCCGGAAGCUGCGGAACCUUGA